AUGGAGGCUCUCAUCAUCCUCACCCUCCUUGUGUUAGGGGCACCUGAGGCAGUGACGGUGACUCACUCCCUCAAGUACCUCUACACCGCAUCCAAAGGGAUUCCAUCUUUCCCUGAGUUUGUGACAGUGGGACUGGUCAACAAGCAGCCAAUCUCUUACUACGACAGCAUAGAAAGGAGAGAGGUCCCCAAGCAGGAGUGGAUGAGGCAGAAAGAGGGUGAAGAUUACUGGGAGAAACAAACACAGAUAACCAGGUUAACAGAGAUCCAAUUCAGGCAAAGCAUUGAGACAGUGAGUCGACGCCUCAAUCAGACAGAAGGGCCUCACAUUGUCCAGAAUAUGUACGGCUGUGAAUGGGACGAUGAAACUGGGAACGUCAACGGCUUCAGUCAGUUUGGCUUCGAUGGAGAGGAUUUUAUUGUCUUUAAUCUAGAGACUGAGACGUGGAUCGCACCGAGGGCAGAAGCCAUGUUCACAAAGAUGAAAUGGGACAGGGACGAGCUGAAGAUCCAAGCCGAUAAAAAGUAUCUGACUCAAAUUUGUGUUGAAUGGAUAAAAAAGUACCUUAAUGAUGGAAAAGAACAGCUUUUAAAAACAGUCCUCCCGUCCAUCUCUCUGCUGCAGAAGUCCUCGUCGUCCCCCGUCACCUGCCACGCCACUGGUUUCUUCCCCGACACAGCCUCUUUGUUCUGGACUAAAGAUGGAGACAUAUUCUACGAGGGCGUGGACUUUGGGGAGACCCUGCCCAACAACGACGAGACCUUCCAGACCAGUGCGGAGCUGGACGUGUCCUCUGUCCCAUCGGAAGACUGGGGCCGCUACAACUGUGUGUUCAGAGGCUCUCUGGAUACAAAGAAGAGAUCAUCACACCACUGGACCAAAGAUACAUAA